AAGAAAAAAAGGGGAAAAGCAGUUCGAGUGAAUGAACACACCCGCUUAGAUAAAAAUGCGUUAAAUUUUAAUUCUUCCAUCUUCCUGGCAUUUGCAGUUGCUUCAAGAACUAUCUGGACUUGCUUUUCAACCAAGUCGCAGGAAUUUCCAACGAAGAGGAUGAGAUCCAACAUCGUCACCGAGGCAGGAUUGCCAACAAGGGUGGGGCAAUGGUGGGAAGGCAUUCCAUUCUUUACUUCAGCUAUUAUGAUUAUCUGUGGAACCAUUUACUUGGUGUGUCUCUUGGUUGGAUAUGACUCAUUUGUCGAAGUAUGUUUCUUACCUGUGGCAAUCCUAUCGCAGUUCCAAGUUUACAGGAUUUUUACGUCCGUUCUUUUUCACGGCUCGCUACUUCAUGUUUUAUUCAACAUGUUGGCUUUAGUGCCUUUGGGUUCUGAACUAGAAAGAAUCAUGGGAUCAAUCCGCAUGCUCUACCUGACAAUUCUCCUAGCCAUAAGCAAUGCUAUUAUUCAUCUUUUCAUCGCUGUUGUCAUGGCUCAUAACCCCCUUCAUCAUUAUGACAAUCCUAUGAAUGAGUGUGCCAUAGGAUUCUCUGGAAUUUUGUUUUCAUUGAUUGUUAUAGAGACAAGUUUGAGUGGUAUUCAAUCCAGGAGUGUUUUUGGCCUCUUUAGUGUUCCUGCUCAAUGGUAUGUGUGGAUUUUGUUGGUGGUGUUCCAGCUUCUAAUGACAAACGUCUCAUUUCUAGGGCACCUAUGUGGCAUAGUAUCUGGAUUUGCCUAUACUUAUGGAUUAUUAAACUUUCUCUCACCUGGAACGUCCUUUUAUUCUACUAUGGAGUCUUCCUCUUUGCUUUCAUCUUGUGUGAGGCGACCAAAAUUUAUUUUGUGCACUGGUGGAAAUCCUUCUGCCCAGCUUCCAACGUAUUCUGGCCAAAAUACCAUGACCAAUGGCCUCGCCUUUCCUAAUGUCUGGAGAAACUUAUCUUCAUGGAUGCCGCGUAGAGAUGCAGUUACUGAGCCACAACAAGACAGCAGAUUUCCUGGACGUGGAAGAACACUUGGUUCCGUUCAAAACCAAACAGUUCCUGUUGAUGAUUCAGAGUUUGAUCUGCAGACCAGGUUAUUGGAUAGGAGUGCUGCAGACCAUCAGUCAUCUGAUGGAAGGCAAAACAAUACCGCGGUAGUAGAUCGGGCAACCCCAAUACAAAACCAGAGACCAGUUGCCUUUGAUGCAGCGAUUCAAAAAUUAGUAUCAAUGGGUUUUGAAAAGACCCAGGUAGAAGUUGCACUAGCAGCGGCGGAUGGGGACGUUAAUAUAGCCGUUGAAAUUCUUAUGAGCCAAAAGGAGUAGUUGAAAAUUGCAACCAAGUAUAAUUGAGCUCAUGCCAUGGCUUUCACUACACAGGAUUUUCUUCACUUUUACUCGGUUUUAAUUUCAUUUUGUGUUGUAUUUUUCAAGGGAAUCUUUUAGGCUUAGAGGGGAUAUGUGCUCUAAUCUUGAAAAUAUAUGUGAAGCUUUAUAAGCAGAGAAGGCCAAUGGAAAUGUAAUUAGAUGUGGACCUCUUGAGAUUGAAUCCAAGAUAUAUUAGCUCUUCUUUGUA